UCUAAAUAAGUUAUAAAAAAAAUCUAUAAUUUCAUCUACGGCUUAACAAGGUAGAUAAAGAGUCGAUAAAGAUAUUGCUCUUUACGACAAUUAUAUUUCUAGAUAAUGUAUAAGAACAAGUCUAUAAUCUUUUCAACGAUAACGUAAUAAGACCAGAUAGGUACUGCGAUGUGACAAAUAUUGCGUAGAUUGUCCUUGUUUACACGAAAAAACAUGCAUAGACGAAUAUACCAGGAUGAAUCAGGAUAUCUCGUGUCUGUCAUGGUCAAUGACCAGAAACGGACAGAGUUUCGUAACCGGUGGGACCCCCGUGGAAACUUAAGUAUUCACGUACCGAAGAAUCGUUGGUCUCGGUGUGACCUUUAACGAAAGACGAGGCCCGGUUCCACUUGCCCUCGGUUUUUGACGUCUAGAACCUCUUUUCGAAGCUCUGAUUGGACCGCGGCCAACGAGACCACCGUGUCGCAUCGAAAUCAUCGAAAUUCGUGAGAAGAGACGCUGAAAUAUCCUUCCGCCGUUCAUUUAUAGAAUUUCUUCGCGGACAGGCUACGUCCAACUUUUUCUUAAUCAGCUAACGAAAUUCGAUCUCACUUAGCGGGGGCUAUUUUCACAUUCCACCGCAUUUGCAUCCGUCCUUCGAGUGGGUACGUCUUCGGGAUAUUCAUAGAGAAUUCUCCGCACCCGGUUUCUCUUCGCAAGAAUAUCCUUCCCUCGACGGGAAAAGCUUCUCCCUCUCGUCUUCAAAGGGCAUAUCAAUGACCGACUCGCACUCCACUCGCAAGAAGAACGAUCUCGCUUGCUCCUCCACAGGAAUAUCAUUCUGAAUUUUACUGUGGCCGCAAGGUUCGAUGAUUCGUCGUGGUUGCACGGGUAUCGUAUCACUCGGCACAUCAACGGCGAAAUUUGCAUCGGGCCUUCGAGGAUGAUGUGGACGUCUGGAUGGUCAUUGGCAGACCAAACGUGAUAAACUUACUAAUUUCUGCCUACCGAGAAUCGGCCAUUCAUACAAUAUUCAAGAUCCUUACACUCAAGUCACUAUAUAACACCCUUCUACGGAUCGGAUCACCAGUCUUCUCAGGAUUCUCGAUACAUGCAAGACAAAGCCCGAUACGACUUCCAUCCAGUAGUCCAGAAGAAAGCGAGAAACGUUUCAUUCAUCAUGAUCCGACCAACCUGUUUAAUCGUAUCGCUUGCUGUCAUCUUCGCCAUUGUUUCGGGUUUGCCGCAGCAACCCAAAUCUAGGAGACCCGUUCCAGAGUUUAAGAACAAGACCGGCGGCUUGGAACUUCCGGACAAUGCGACGCUGAUUCGUGACAAUAUCGUGGACAACUUCUCCUGUCAAGACAGAAUUUAUGGAUAUUACGCCGAUAUGGAUAACGAUUGUCAAGUUUUCCACGUUUGCAUGCCGCAGGCUAGGGGAUCGAUCAGAUGGAGCUUCAUCUGCCCCGCGGAGACCGUGUUUAAUCAGGCAACGUUCGUUUGCACGAAAACGGAAAAUUCGAUACCCUGCGAGGAGUCUGAGAAGUUUUACAAUUUGAACGAGGCGAUUGGCAAGGAAGUGGAGGAAGAGGAAAGCGACAUGGAGCACGCCACGAAAGAAUCGGACGUGGAAGCGAUUUCGAACAGACCGGAGACCAGGACGUCGAGAAUCUUGAACCGGAAGAAGCCGUCGCGAAAACAGUGAUUUCUUGAGACAACGUUCGCGAAGAAUGGGCUGUGUGUAUCGUAGAAGAGACGAAAUUCGUGAACUGUCAUUAACGCAAGAUCAACCAACUACGUUUGCUUGUCUGAAAUACGAAUGAAACACAAUUUUAUUUAGUAUUUAAGUAUAUGUGUAUU